GUGAACCUGCAAAACGUAUUUGUCUCUCUUUCUUAAUUUAAAUGGAAAACAAUUAUGUACCAUACUCUUAACUACAUAUCUAAUUCCUAAGCCAAAGGUAAAAAUAUAGCAAGAGAUACAAAUGGUGGGUUUAAUUCAAUGAAUCAUUGUAUAACUCCCUAGUGGAGUAUUUUUGAAAGAAUAUAAUAAGCCCAUCACAAGUUGAUCAACUAAAGGUUCUAAAUUCCCUUGAAGAAUAUGAGGCAUCACUACUUUCCUAACAUUUGGAAACAAAUAGGCCUGCACAAUCUGAAUAGCAUCUUGAAGGAUUAAUUUGCAAAUUCCAUUUUGCACUUUUGUAAAUGCCACUCUUCUUUUGCUUUAUCUUUUCUUUUUAUUGGCCAUCAAGUUUUCUGGGGAAAUAGAUAAGGCCAAGCUUCAGACCGUUUCUCUGCUCGUAGCUGCAAUGGAAGCACCAGAAAACCGACCCAAAUCGACUGAUGUAAGCGAUCUUGUUACCUUCUUAUCAUUUGUAGGGGUUGAGUUCCUCCUUUCGGGUGAAGGAAAGGUACCAUUGUCAUCCUGUCAUGGAAAGACUAUUUGCCUCUUCUUCUCUGCAAAUUGGUGCAGGCCUUGCAAAGCUUUCACCCCGCAACUAGUGAAGCUCUAUAAUUCUCUUAAACUUAAAGGAGAAGAGCUAGAGAUUAUCUUUGUCUCCUUUGACCAUGAUGACUACAAAUUCAAGGAACAUUUUAAGCGCAUGCCAUGGCUGGCUGUCCCCUUUGAUGCAAAUCUACACAGGCAAUUAAGCAACACGUACUGCGUUGAUCGCAUCCCGACUCUCAUUCCAUUAAGUUCAGAUGGAAUUUCCAUCGAAGAGGACUUGAUCGGGUUAAUUGAGGAGUAUGGUGCUGAAGCAUAUCCAUUCACUAGGGAGAGAAGAGAACAGCUAAAGGCUUUUGACAAGGCAAAGCGUGAAGGAGGGAAAUUGGAAGAACUUUUGGCACAUGAAGGACGUAACUAUGUCAUUUCUAGAGAUGCUAGACAGACAUCAGUCUCCAAACUUGUUGGAAAGACGAUCGGCCUAUACUUCGGGGCCCACUGGAGCCCUCCAUGCCAAGCUUUCACCACGAAACUUGCAGAAGCAUACAACACACUCAUGAACACCAAUGAUCAAUGCUCAUUGGAAAUCAUACUAGUAUCAACAGACAGAGAUGUCAAAGAGUUUGAGCUGAACAUAAGCAAGAUGCCAUGGCAUGCCAUUCCCUACGAGGACAAAACCCGGCAAGACCUCUGCAGAAUCUUCGACGUAAAAGAGAUCCCGGCUCUAGUCCUGAUUGGAGCGGAUGGGAAAUCCGUGACCACAAAUGGAAAGGCCAUGGUGUCAUUAUAUGGCGCCAAGGCAUUUCCCUUCACAGAGUCGAGGAUAAGAGAAUUGGAGGCUGCUUUGAUAAAGGAAGGAGAGGCUUUGCCUGCCCAAGUGAAGGAUGUAAAGCAUGAGCAUGUACUUAAAUUGGACAUGGCCAAAGCAUAUGUGUGUGACUGCUGUAAAGAGCAGGGGAGAUUCUGGGCAUUCUCUUGUGAUGUGUGUGACUAUGAUCUUCAUCCAACUUGUGUGGAGAAGGCAUCUUAAAUUGUACUAGUUUUGGGAAGCUUUAAUUAUAUAAUUUGAUGAACAAAAUUGGUGAUUUAUGAUGUAAUUGUGUUUGAUAUUAUAAGGAAUAAAAACUUUAUAAGUAUAA